AUGAAUGGCCGCAUUAUUUGUCAACAGUUACGUUAUUAUAGUAUAGGAUCCGUAACACACUUUCACUUUCGGCAUCCGAGCCCUGGCCGGCAGUCGGGUUCAGACCACCAGCCCUGGUGAACGACUCCAAGCCUCCAGCAGCCUCUACAAUGAAAUCACUAUUUGUGAUGCUCUUGCUGUGCUGUGCGGCUGCGCUAGUUGCAGCAGAAGAACCGUCUACUAAGGACCUGGUAGACGUCGAAGAUAAUGAGGACUUAGAGAGGAAACAUCGCAAGCGAAAGAAGCACCAGCAGAAUGGAGGAGGGUGUGGAUACGGGAAGACGUUUGGAGAAAAGUUCUUUGGACUCCACGACUACACAUACGUGUCUGCGCCGGUGAUGAACUACUUCUUCGGCUGUGGGGUGGCGGCUUUGCCCGUGGCCGCUCCGGUGGCUCCGAUCGCGCCCAUUGCUCCUGCCUUCCCGAUUCAGAUUAGCCAGAGCCAAAGCCAAAGUCACGGUCAUGGUCACGGAGGGUUCGGCCACGGUGGUCACGGCGGACACGGAGGCCACGGCGGUGGUCACGGAGGCCACGGCGGUGGUCACGGAGGGCACGGCGGUGGGCACGGAGGCGGCUACGGAGGUGGUCACGGCGGCUUCGGUGGCUUCGGCGGCUACAACCCUGGCUACGGAGGGUACCAGCAGCCCGCGUACAACCAGGGCCCGUACCAGGGCCAGUACAACCGGCCCUUCCAGAGCGCCGUGUCGGCCGCCGCGUCCGGGUUCGGCUCAGCUCUAGCGGACUACUUCGCGCACCCCAAGAAGACACAGAAGAUCAUUAACAGACAAGUGAAUCAGUUCUUGAGGCCGAUAUACAAGUUGUUCUGAGGUUACUAGACUGUGCAGUCGACAGAGGCUACUCGUGCAUGCGGCGCCAACAAUGGAGUAACUCGGGUGCAUCAACGCCCAUAACAAAGGAAAGUUGCGACAUGCCGUAAAGUUGUACAAAUAAUAGAAUUAUAAGCCACUUAGAUGAAUUGAAUAAACAUCUAUUUUAGAAACGUACCAAAUGAAAAUAGUUUUUAGUUGGCGAGACAGUGUUUUUAAUGAGUGUGAUUUUUACUGUAACUAAGUUUAGUGAAACGGUAGGUGCCUACAUAUUUUUUUAUACAAACGCAUAUGUACCAUACGCAUACGCAAAGGUAGGUACCUACGUAAGAACAAUACGCACAUAAAAACAAGUAACUAAAUGACCAUUUGUGUUAGGACAUAAUAAUACAUCGAUAUUUUUUAUGUGAUUGAUUCCAGUGCGAAACUACUUUGAAACUACUUAAUGAGUGUUGUAUUAGUUGUAUAAAAAUGAUUUUAAAACAUUCUUGGCUAAGGCUAUAUAAAAAUUAUUCUCUAA